CAUGUCUGCGAGAGACAAGGGGAUCCUGACCAAAGACAGCGUCAGCCUGCUGCCCUGUUUCUACUUUGUAGAGCUGCCCAUCCUGGUAUCUUCAGUGGUCAGCCUGUACUUCCUGGAGUGGACAGAUUUGUUUAAGCCAGUGAAGUCUGGGUUCAACUGCCACGACCGCAGCCUGAGCCUGCCCUACAUCGACCCCAACCAUGAGGUCAUCCCUCUGCUGAUGCUCCUUAGCCUGGCCUUUGCUGGACCUGCCAUCACGAUAAUGAUCGGGGAGGCCAUCCUGUUCUGCUGUCUAUCUCGGAGGAAGGGUGGGGUUGGGGCUGAGGCGAACAUCAACGCUGCUGGCUGCAACUUCAACUCUUUCAUACGCAGAGCUGUCCGCUUCGUUGGUGUUCAUGCCUUUGGUCUCUGUGCCACGGCGCUCAUCACUGACAUCCUCCAGCUAAUGACAGGCUACCCAACCCCCUACUUCCUUACUGUGUGCAAACCCAACUACACCACGCUCAACGUCAGCUGUGAGCAGAACCCUUACGUCAUGGAGGACAUCUGCUCAGGAGCCGACCCCACAGCCAUCAACCAGGGCAGAAAAUCCUUCCCGUCACAGCACGCCACCCUCGCAUCCUUCGCCGCUGUCUAUGUUUCCAUGUACUUCAACAGCACUCUGACAGACUCAUCCAAGCUGCUCAAGCCCCUGCUGGUCUUCUCCUUCAUUAUCUGCGCCAUCAUUUGUGGUCUGACCCGGAUUAUCCAGUACAAGAACCAUGCCAUUGACGUCUACCUGGGCUUCCUGCUUGGAGGCGCUAUUGCUGUCUAUCUGGGUUUGUAUGCAGUUGGAAACUUUCAGCCAAGUGAGGAGGUCAGCACCAGCCCCCCUGCAAUCCUACACCGACCCCCCUGCUCCUUGCCCCACAUCAGUCAGGAGGCCGUCCUCCAUCACCUGCAAAUGAAAGCUAGCCUGGCCGCGGAGGCUGGCAUACCCGCUGCCCACGCUGAGGGCCUCUUGCAUCGAGGCCUUCAGCAGCAAAGGCCUGAAGACAGUCUGAAGCGCUCCAGUGCAGAUGUUGAGGUGAUCUCCCCACGCAGCCCUCAGAGCAAAGAUGCCUUUGUGACCUUUAGCCACACUCUUCCUCGGGUCCAUACCCCCCAGGCCAUGGCAGCGUAUGAGGAAGCGGCCAGACGUCAUGCUGCCACCCUUCAUCAUGCCUCCAUGGACUCCAGUCGCUCAAAGCAGCUUCUAUCUCAAUGGAAAAGUAAGAACAACCACAAAUGCACCCUGCAGGUCCCAGACUCCUACUCCUCUUCUAUUGACUCAUCAUCCGGCCAUUCCUCUCAGCAUCCACACCACCAUGGUAGUAUGGAGCUCCGAUCCAGCUCUGAGCCAUUAGCUAUGGGCAUGAAUGGCGGAUUUGACGCACAUGCAUACAUGGCCAAACUAGCUUCAGGUGCGUGUAACACCCUGCCCACUAACUGCAGUGGUAUCACAGGAGGAGCCAGGAUAGCCAUGCAGUCUAGACCUGGGUCUUCACAGCUGGUCCACAUACCUGAGGAGGCUCAUGAGAAUUACAGCACUAUAUCCCCAAGGACGGGGGAAGGAGGAGGAAGUGAGGGGAUGUCAACAUUAAAUAGCACAGUUCAAGCCAACUGGCACAGGGCAGCAGAGAAGAGUGCAGCCUGCAGGACUAAUGAUAAUGGGCAUAACAACCAGCCACGAAUUAUGCAAGUCAUUGCUAUGUCCAAGCAGCAGGGCCUCCUACAGACCCAUUCUAAGAGCUUAGAUGAGAGCAGCAUUGGCUGUAGCACAACUGGGAGUUGCCAAGGCUCGGCCCGCUUUAGGGCACUAACUGAUCAAGACCCCACCAGCAGCAUAGGGCCCAGCUCACUCGGUAGCACCACAGGCAGUAUUUCAGGGAGUACUGGAGCAAUUGUCAGAAUAGAGGCACACCCUGAGGCCAACAGGCCAAUCAUCCAAGCUCCAUCCACAGACGGAUCUGGAUCAUGGAGGUGGCGGUCCCUGGAUCAUGGAACUGGAGGUGGUGGAUGUACAGGCCCUAGUGGAGCAGGAGCAGGAGGAGGAGGAGGAGGUAGUUUGAGGCAGUCGUUUGAGCUCAAUGAUCUUAAUAGAGACUCAGAAAGCUCAGACUCAAUACCUGAAGGGUCGAUUGAUCGGAAGCGUGCCAAUCACAUUGUUACAACCACUGCCACCGUUAGCACCCCACCUAUAGUUACUGUUCACACCCAGAACACCGGCCAGUCAGAGCAGAGGCUCCAUCCCCAGGGCAUUUCUACCAUCAGGGUUACUCCGGGAGACGGUAGUGUGUCUGGAUCUGCCGGAGGAGUAGGUGGAGAAUCUGCCUCCGAUACCCACUCAGUCGCCUCCAGUCGUGAAUCGACACUACGGAGGAAAGGCAAUAAUAUCAUCCUGAUUCCUGAGAGAGCCAACAGCCCCGAUAAUGCGCGAAACAUUUUCUACAAGGGAACAUCAAUAACUCCUGCUUUUAGGGAAUAGUUUACUAAAUUACCCCUGAAAAGAUGUAGCUAAUAAUACCAGAGAGGUGGAUUUUCAGAAAGCCCCAUAUCUGUGACGUUUCCCACCAUUGUAUAAACCAUAACUACAAAAAAAAGGUUUUAUU